AUAUUUACAUUUUACAUUAUGACAAAUCAUAAUUUAAAAAUAAUAUGAUAUCAAAAAGGAAGGCAUUAUUAUUUAAAACUCAAACAGAACAAUCCAGUGAUAAAUACGAAGCGUUAUUACAAUCGAAUCAAAUCGAUGCGACGACUGUCAAUACAUUGGUUUUUGAUUUCGUUAACUUGGACUUGUUAGCGAAGAAUCUUCAAAAUUUCGAGGAUUAUUCCGGUAUUAUUUUUUCCAGUCCACGAUGCGUUAACGCCGUUUAUUUGGCUUGCAAACAGUUCAAUUGUGACCUUAGUUUGUGGAGGCAGAAGAACAAUUUUGCUGUGGGAACGAAGACUGCACAAGAUUCAUUGGAUAAGUUACGAAUAGAAUGUAAGGGAGCAGACUCUGGCUCGGCUGUGAAUCUUGCCAAGGAAAUAAUAAAAGAGAAAACGAAUUAUCGUAAACCUUUCUUAUACCCACACGGCAGUUUAAAAACGGAUACACUAACAGCAGAAUUAGAAAAAGAAAAUAUAUGUUUAGACGGAAUACUUGUUUAUCACACAAAGGAGAAUCCUAAUAUAGAGGAGGAAAUGAAAAAAUCAACACAAAACUUUCAAAAUAUACCGGAAUUUCUUGUAUUUUUUAGUCCAUCCGGUGUGCAAGCAACUUUGAGCUACCUAUCGCAUUUCACUGAUUCUAAAGUCAUCGCUAUAGGACCUACCACAGAAACGGCUUUAAAAGAGAAAAAUAUUCAAGUGUCCGGAGUGGCUAAACAGCCAACACCACAAGAUGUUCUAGACCAAAUAUUACAGAUUUAAAAUAAAUGUACAAAACACUUCCAUAUGUAUA